UUCCCAGGAGGCCGCGGGGGCAAGGACACCUCCGGACCAUAGAGCUCAGUUCCUAGCUGAGCCUCCGGCUCGCUACUUCCGCUCAUCGGCCUAAAACCGCGCCUGCGCACUGCAUCCCUUCCUCUUUGGGCUAGGACCUAGUUCGCGGCAGGAUGGCCAAACGCACCAAGAAGGUCGGGAUCGUCGGCAAGUACGGCACGCGGUAUGGCGCCUCCCUGAGGAAGAUGGUGAAGAAGAUUGAGAUCAGCCAGCACGCCAAGUACACGUGCUCCUUCUGCGGGAAGACGAAGAUGAAGCGGCGCGCGGUGGGCAUCUGGCACUGCGGCUCCUGCAUGAAGACGGUGGCCGGCGGCGCCUGGACCUACAACACCACUUCUGCCGUCACAGUAAAGUCCGCCAUCAGAAGACUGAAGGAAUUGAAAGACCAGUAGAAGCUCCGCCGUUUGAGACAUUGCUGGGCCUGUAAUAAAUGGGUUAAUUUAUGUAAAAGAUUACUUUGGUUUGUUAAUUUUAUUAAUUAGAUGUUCUGAUUUGCGUUGCAUUGCAUUGAUUUUGCGUUCUCAAAAAGACUUUGCACAAGUGGAAGGACCCACAACUAAAAUAUACAACUAUGUACUGGGGUGAUUUGGGAACAAAAAGAAGAUUGACAACAGUAGUUAGCUCAGGUGCUAUUCUUUAAAAAAGAAAAAGACAUGGAGGAGAAAUGGUCUGUUUUUUUAAGUCUGUUUUUGCGAGUUUGAUUUGAGAUGCAUUGGUUCAAAUUGUGCAGACUUUUAAAAAAUCACAGUUAAUAUUUUUUAAGAAUGUUUCUAAAAGGUAGGGCGAUGUAUACUGCCUCUUAACUGUUGGUGUUUUGUCUGAUCACGUGUAUCAGCAUCUUCAAAAUCAACAUGAAACUAAGAAUUUGAGAACAAAUUUUGCAAAUAUCUACAGUCUGCUCCACUUUUCAGUUUGUACACGAGGAUUCGUAGGAUUGAAUUAUUCAAGUUGAUACAAAUGGUCACACUAAUGAAAAAUGAAGUUCGUUGGAGGAAUUCAGGAGUUGUGAGUAGUUAGUGUUAGCCUUUCUUUGUUAGCCUUAUUCAGUCCAUCAGUUAAUUCUCUGUCAGUUUUGCCUGUUUACCUCUUUUCAAACGUGUCUAAGCUGCUAUCUGCAAUAUGGAGUCUGAUUGGUAUGUCUAUCCUUUCUCCCCUCCAAAAACAGUAAUUCUUUAAAAAUGCAAAUCUGUUGUGAGGAAAACCUGGAUUUCUUAUACCUUUAGGAUAGAGUAAAACCCAUUGUGGCUUGUCAUGGGCUGGCCCUAUCUUUCACUUUGGCCCAUUACUAGUUCUUGAAUGCUCUGUAAGGCCUGUGCACGGAUUUUCCCCUUCGCUUCCGCAUUGGCUUUGGCACAAACAUUACCUCAAGGUAACACUUCUUAACUGUCGAGCUCUUAUCAGACCCAAAGUAGUACUUGUUGGGUUUUUGUUUGCAUUAUUGUUGCUCCCAACAGUUUUGUUCAUUAUUGUGUCCCUCAUACCUAAUGUAAUUCCCUGCACAUAGUAGGUUUAAGUAUUUUGUUGAGUAAAUGUGUGGAUCUCAUUUUUAUAACAAAAUGGCACCUCUAACUGAUUUUGUACUGUGAAACAUCAGAAAGUACUGUGGGUCAGUAGGAUUAGGACCAGGAGUGACAGGAUUAUCAGACUUCAUAGAAAUAUUUGGCACAGGUCUGCAUGCAUCCGCAGGUGAGAGGCUAGGAUUUCACGUCAGCAUAGAGAGUUGACUAAGUGAGAGGUGGCUGUGGUUAAGAGGCACCAACUCAGCCAGACUGCCUGGGUGGUUGUGUAGUCAUGUUAAGUUAUUUAACCUGAACAAUGCCUGGUGGUAGAAUAGAGUAUAUGAUGGGAGCUGGUAUUACUAAUUUGGAGUCUUACUUGGGGAACGCCUUUGUGUUACUUUGCUUAGGAGUUGGAGUGUGAGUGUAGGGAGUAGAGAACCAUUAGAAUUCUGCAAGCUGUGAGGUGAUAUUUAACAUUGGUUGAGCCUGAGUAUCCUAAGCACAGAAUAUGUAAUCCCACAGCAGCUUUAUGAAGUGUAGAUAAUAUUCCCAUUUACACAUGAGAAAGUUAGGUAACUUGUAAAUGGUGGAGCUGGGAUUUGAACCCAGUGUUCUUGGCUUCAGAGCUGAUAAUCCUAGACACUUUACAUUGCUUUUAACAUACUUGUUGUUUAAUGAUAGUUGACAAGGAGUGGAUGGGGGCCACAGAGACUAUUUAGAGGACUGUUGAAAUAGUAAAUAUUUUUGUGUCUAAGGAAAUAGUGACUUUCUCAAGGUUACAGGAGGCAACUGGUGGGGAUAGGGCUGAAAAUUACGUUUCUGACUCCUAAUCCAUGUUUUUCCUUCUGUAUUAGGCUGUAUAUUUUAUGGGUUCAGAGUAUAUUCCUUGUUAAACUGGCUCUUUAUAGAUUAAAGAUCCCACCUUCAUUA